GCAAAUAGCAAAAUUCAAAAAUAUAACAAACUACGAACUAAAUCUGGAGUGAUAAUUGGCUCAAAGCUUGCAUAUCAUAAAGAAGAUAUCUCGCGAAAUAAUUAUUCAAUUGCAUUAUAA